CCCUUCAUCUUGGCGCAUACUUCUGAAGCUCUUGCUAUGCAGUUUACCAUCAUCGAAAAGGACGCAUUGGACUCUGUCGACUGGAAGGAUCUAGUUAACCUCAGUUGGUCGCAAGAGGUUCCGUCUGUACGAGAUUGGGCGCGCUAUAUUCACGCAUUUCCCACAAACGUUACGGAUGUCAGCAGUAUUGACUUGAUCAUCACACGAUUCAAUCUUGUCAUCAAAUGGUGCAUCUCUUCGGUUUUGCUCUGUGGAACAUCGGAGGAGCGUGCUCAGUGCAUUACAAAGUUCGUGCACAUUGCAACGCAUUCGCAUCGCAGCCUACGCAAUUUUGCAACAACAGCACAAAUCACGAUCGCCCUGCUUUCGUCAGAUCUCUCACGCCUCACCACGACAUGGUCAAAAGUAGCACAAGCCGAAAAAGAUGCACUUCGAGAUCUUGAAAAGUUGGUCAGCCCGAUGCGUAAUUUUGCUGUGCUACGUGCCGAGAUGGAAAGCGCAGCAGCCGAGCUGACGGACGACGAUAUCUCAGCCGGCAAAGGAGUCAUUCCUUUCCUCGGCGUUUACACUCGCGACCUUGCCCUCAAUGCUCAGAAGCCAGCAUUCAUCACACCUGCUGGCAGAGCAUCUUCUGACGGAUCUCACGAGAAACUCGUCAACUUCGAGCGUCACCGCACUAGUGCUUCGAUUGUUAAAGGAGUGUUGCGGCUGUUGGAUGCCAGCUCCAGAUAUGCCAUCAAAGCAGAUGGUGAGAUUCUGGCCAAGUGCUUAUGGCUAGCAGCGCUUGCCGACCAUGAGAUCGCCGAGCUCAGUAGAGGGCUGGAA